AUCUGCAAGCACAAACACUAGUUUUCCACUGCCAUGGAUAUAAAAAAAUGGUUCAAAUCAGGCGGUGGAAACCACUCAGAUAGAGACUACAAUCGAUUUCUGCCGUUUAACUUGUCGGCGGUGGCUGUAUCGAAAGCACCCAUUUGGAAGCACCUGUGGAGGAAGCUAAAGAAGGAAAAGAAGAGAAUUUACGUUCGUUCAAGUACAGUUCGAUAUUCCUCCUAUGAUCCAUACACUUACGCACAAAACUUCGAUCAAGGCUUGACUUGGGCUGAUCCUGAUGAUCUCUCCCGCUCGUUUUCCGCUCGCUUUGUCGUCCCAUCAACGAUCUUUCAGCAGAAUGGCUUAAUGGUUUGA